AUGCGCACCACUGCGGCUCUCGUAGCACUCAUCGCAGCGCUGCCGGCCCUCGCGGCCCCCGCGCCAGCCCAUGUCGCCGACGCCCUCGCCGCGCGCGACGGAGGCCCGAUCCACAUCGGCCUUCUCCCGCCCCCUCCGCCCAAGCGCACCCCCGAGCCCUUCGAGGUCGUGCGCAAGCGCCAGAUUGCGCGCCAGGUCAACUACAUGCGCCGGUGGGGCGCCGCGCCGGACCAUGAGAUCCGCGAGUUUGUCAAGAAGGAGACGAAGCGCAUGAAGCGCGACCUCAAGGUUGCGCAGAAGGCCGCCAAGCGCGCCAAGCGUGACGGCCAGGGUGGUGCUGGUGGCGCUGGCGGGGCGGGAGGUGCUGGUGGUGAGGGAGGUGCUGGUGGUGACGGUGGCGCCGGUGGUGACGGUGGAGAGGGAGGCGCCGGCGGCGACGGCGGUGAGGGAGGUGCUGGCGGUGACGGCGGAGAGGCUGGCGCUGGCGGCGCUGGUGGUGCCGGCGGUGCUGGAGGCAAGGGCAGAGCCGGUGGCAAGGGCGGCGCUGGAGGCAAGGGUGGUGCUGGAGGCAAGGGCGGCUCCGGCGGCGGCAAGAAGAACACGCCGCCACAAUGGUUCCAAGUCCACAUCGACACUGGCUCGCCCUUCUUCUGGCUCUACGCGGACCACCUCCCCGCCGGCGAGAACCCCAAGCCAGUGUUCUACCGCAACCAGUCGUCCACCCUUGUGGAGCAGAACAUGCACCGGAACAUCACCUACCUCAAGGGCUGGCAGUAUGGUGAUAUUGUUCGCGACACUUUUACUGUCGGGGGCCAGAUUGCCACGGACCUCGAAGGCGUCCUCGUCACUGUUCAGGAAGAGGGAGGUGGAUACGCCGGCACAGACAUUUCCGGCAUCCUGGGCUUCCGCCUCCAGGACAAGUUGAACGUCGACCUAGGCCGGAGGACCAACGAAACGCUCAUCGCAAAGUUGAGCCGCGGCUGGAAGGACCAUCGCUUCGCCUUCUAUUUGAAGCGCAACAACAUUACUGCCGCUAAGGAAUUCGAGAACCAGUGGUACCAGGAGCACGGCCCUCCAUCCGCGACAAACGUGUCACCUGUGCUCGGCGUCACCCCCGGCGGUGUUCUUACUUUGGGCGGCGUGGACAAGUCUCUGUACCAGGGCGACAUUUACUACAGCGAUGUCCUUGAAGAAUCCGGAGGGCCGAGCCCGAGCUGGAACACUCGUGCGGAGAGCUACACGGGCUUCAACACCACCGUUGAUUUCGGCAACUACACUCGCAUCAAUUUUGACACUGGCACGACCAUCAAUGUCGGACCCCACGAGCUUGUCCGACAGAUCUAUGAGCCCCUCGGCGGCUUCUUCCUUCCCGAAUCCUUCGUUGGCGUCAACAACACAUUCUGGGGAUUCCCGUGCCCGGCCGAGCCGAACACCAAGGCUUCGCUCAGGUUUGCAGGCGUCGACUGGCCCAUUGCGUUCGAGGACCAGAUUGCCGAUGUCUUCCCCCCGAUCCCGGGCCUGCUCGAGGACCAGCCCGUCUGCGUAGGCACAAUCGGCUCGUACAACGGCGGCCCCGGUGGAAUUCGGGCACCUGGAGCCGUUGACUGGAUCUUUGGGGCCGCGUUCUUGAAGAGCGCUUACUCGGUCUACGAGAUUGGCAGGGGCAACAAGACGAACCGCGUCGGCCUUGCCAAGCUGGCCGACGGCCUCAACCCGCCUCAGUAUGGUACCGAGAUUCCCUGGAAGGAGUAUGUCAUGGCUCGCAUGCCGCCUCCCAAUAAUGGCACUGCGCCAGGCGGUGGCCAAGGCGGGAAUGGCACGGCUCCUGGCGGUGCGGCCAACCCCAACGGCAACUACUGGGGUACCCCGACCUAG